AUGGCAAAUAACUUUAAACUAUUACUCAUCAUUGGUGGAGCUCUCAUUGGAGCAGCGUUUAUACUUUUUAUUCUGAGCAAUGCACUAUCAUCGUGGAGUGAAACAGAAAAUGACUUUGGAAACAUUACAUAUGGUCUUUGGCGUUGGUGUAAUUCCACAGUUGAUGAUACGACAUGCACAGAUGUAUCAUGUCCUUCAGAAGACUUCCCGAGCAGUUUCUGCAAUAAAAUUCUUGCAGCUAGAGCUUUUAUUACUCUAGCUUGUAUUCUAUCUGGUUUUUGUGGAACAUUAUCGGUUAUAUAUUGUGCAAUAUCUGGUGAACGUUCAGCUCGACCAUUAAUCUUAACAAAAAAAUGUCUAGCUGUGGCAUGCCUUAUCAUGGGAAUUAUAGCUAUUGCAAUCGGUAUCAGUGCUACAAUGACUGCACAAAAUGGUAUUAAACUACGUUUAGGUGUUGCUGCAAUUCUUGGAAUUGUUGGAGUUGGUAUUAACUUAAUUGGUACCGUUAUAAUACUAUUAGUUAAACCAUAG